AUGAUAGCUACACGCAUCAACCUCCGUCCUCUGCAAAAACGCAGCUUCUCCAUCAUCUCGACGCUGCGUAAUGCAGGCCGGGCCAUGGAGGCACAUCCAUUCGAGAGACUUUCCUCGUCAAAAGCGAAAGCGCCUGCGGACUGGGGGCGCCAGAUCAGACGUAUUGCAGGGCAAAGUGCAGUCUUCUUUCCCUUCUACGCUGUGAUGAUGGGCUGGCCAUUGGCCAUUGCCUGGGUCAGCGAAAGCCGGAUAGGCUAUCUCACGCGCUCGCUUGCCUCCUUCAAGGCCGACAUCACGGCGCCCCACAGCUCUGCCGUACCCGAGUCCGCAGUCCGGCCGCCGGGGACCUUGCAUCUCACACUUGGGGUCAUGACACUCAAGGAUGAGGUGCUCCACCAAGCCGUCAGCACCCUCAGAGGGCUCAGUCUGAAGGCUGUGCUUGAGGAAGCACGCGCACCCACCGCGACUGAAGCCGCCGUCGUGCUGGGCUCACCAAACCCAUCCCUCGAUCAAAAUCUCCAAGUCACUCUCAAGGGUAUACAGCCGUUGCAGCCACCCGCACAGUGUAGGGUAAUCUACGCUCCACCGGUAGAUCCCUCGGGGCUGUUGCGGCGGUUUGGCGAAAUGGGUGCUAAGGCUGUCGAGGGCAGUGAUGGCGACAUGGUGUAUGAAGUAGAAGCUGAGGUCCGUUUUGAGGAUUGA